AUGGCGAAAGUACCACUUGUAGUGUUUAGCAAUGGACACACUUGCCCAAUCAUCGGUUUGGGUACUUGGAAGUCAAAGCCUGGUGAGGUCACGCAGGCAGUCAAGGAUGCGAUUGACACAGGCUACAGGCACAUUGACUGCGCACACAUAUAUGGAAAUGAGAAGGAGGUGGGGGAGGCUUUAAAAGCCAAAUUUGCUGAUGGCACUAUUAAAAGAGAGGAUAUAUUCAUUACCUCAAAACUGUGGUGCACCUACCAUCGCCCUGACCUCGUGGAGGGAGCCCUGAAGACGAGCCUUACCAACCUGGGACUGGAGUAUUUGGAUCUGUAUUUGAUGCACUGGCCGCAGGCUUUCAAGGAAGAGACAGACGAAUUUCCAACAGAUAAGGAUGACAAAGUCAUUCCCUCGACUGUAGAUUACGUGGACACGUAUAAAGCCAUGGAGACCCUAGUAGACAAGGGCCUGGUGAGGAGCAUCGGUGUCUCCAACUUUAAUAAGAAGCAGCUGGACAGGGUUUUGGAAGCUUCCAGAAUCAAGCCCGCGGUACAACAGAUCGAAUGCCACCCGUAUCUUAAUCAGCAAAAGAUGUUUGACUAUUGCAAGUCCCAUGGUAUCGUAGUUACUGCGUACUCUCCUCUCGGAUCCCCUGAUAGACCCUGGGCGAAGCCCGGAGAUCCCUCCCUCAUGGAUGACCAGCGAUUGAAGUCCAUCGCUGACAGAUACAACAAGAGUGUACCACAGAUUUUGAUAAGAUACGCAAUCGACCGUCCAAUGAUAGUAAUCCCAAAGUCGGUUACGAAAAGCCGUAUUGAACAGAACUUCAACGUUUUCGACUUCCAGCUGUCUCCUGAAGACCUUAAGCUGAUCGCCACCUUUGAAUGUAACGGGCGUCUUUGCACUAUGGGAGACACCCACCACCCGGACUACCCAUUCCAUGAUGAAUUUUAG